AUGUCAGCCAGCCGUGGCUGCCUCAUCUUCACCAACCUUCUGACCUUCUUAGCCUCAAUAAUUAUCGUGGCUUCGGCAUUGCUAAUACGAUUUUAUGGACAGACAAAGUGCAGUGGCUACGUCCAAGGACCAAUCUUGGUGAUUGGUAUCGUUUUAUUUGUGGUGUCCCUGAUAGGGAUGAUUGGUUCGUGUUGUCGCCUCACGUCCGUGCUCUGCGUAUAUCUGUGUGUGAUGUUAUUUGUGGUGAUUGGGCUCUUGUCCUUCACCCUAGUGGCAAUCGCAGUGCUGCCCAUGAGUAACCAAAAGGACGCAUCGAGUGAAGGGCUGUCUCCCCUCCAAGAGCACUCAUAUUUGUUAAGGAAUAAUCUGAUUGAUGAACAUCAGUGGGUUGGUAUCAAAAGCUGUCUUUCUGAGACCAAAAUUUGUUCAGGAUCAGAAAUGGCCUGGACCAGGUCCAAAGCACUCUCACCCGUUAAGGUGGGUUGCUGCCGUCCCCCUUCCUAUUGCGGUUAUGACUUAAUGAACAGCACCUUUUGGCCGGUUGUGAGAACAAGCAUGCAUAAUUCUGAAUUCAAUGAUUGUCGGACAUGGAAAAAUGAACCCAAUGUGAUGUGCUAUGAUUGCGAUUCAUGCAAAGCGGGGUUUCUUGCGAGGAUAAGGAAUGACUGGAUGAAGAUAACCACCGUCAUCAACUUUCUCAUUGCUUACCUCAUAAUCAACUUCUUGAUCGGUUGUUGUGCCUUCAGAAGUAGUGUAGUUGCUGACCAGAGAUACAGAGAUUACAGUUGA